UGCUUACUCACAUGACUAAAGUACUUUUCUCUCCACGCAGUAGCAUUACUAAGUCCCCGGGUUACAGAGAAACAUGCUAGGAAUACAGAUUAUAGCUUUCAUAAUUUGUUUCUGCGGGCUAGGAGCUGCUAUUGCUGCUACUGCAUCAAAUGAGUGGAAAGUCACUAGUCGAGCAUCAUCUGUUAUCACUGCAACCUGGGUUUUCCAGGGUCUUUGGAUGAACUGUGCCGGCAACGCACUGGGUGCUUUUCACUGCAGACCUCACCUUACUAUCUUCAAAGUAGAAGGUUACAUCCAAGCCUGCAGAGGACUGAUGAUCUCCGCCGUCUGCCUGGGCUUCUUCGGUGCCAUUUUUGGACUGGUUGGGAUGAAAUGUACAAAAGUCGGAGGAUCCGAUCAGACUAAAGCAAAAAUAGCUUGUUUAGCUGGACUGAUUUUCAUACUCUCUGGGUUGUGCUCUAUGACUAGUUGUUCCCUGUAUGCAAACAGGAUUACGUCUGAGUUCUUUGAUCCUUCUUUUGUUGCACAAAAGUAUGAAUUAGGAGCAGCUUUGUUCAUUGGAUGGGCUGGAGCUUCACUCUGCAUAAUUGGCGGCAGUAUAUUCUGCUUCUCAAUAGCCGAAAACAGUAAUUCUCCAAGGAGAGGGUAUGCCUAUAAUGGAGCCACAUCUGUGAUGUCUUCUCGUACAAAGGUCCACAACAGUGUCCCAGACAAAACCCCACCAAAGCACUUUGACAAGAACGCUUAUGUUUAAUUGUACUGUCGGAAGGUUCAAAGCGUUUUAAAAAUGAGUUUAUAUGUUUCAUUCAGAGUGAUUUCUUCCCCUCACCCCCAAUGUAAUUACCACUAAGACAAUGACUUUUUAAAACAUUAACUUGCAGCUUUUUACAUGUUGAUGUAAAUUUUAUUAUAUAAUAUUUUCAGAUUGAUGUUGGUAUUGUAAAGUUUAUACCUGGAAAUCACGAGCUGAUGUUGCUUUCUUGGGAAAAAAAAAAUAAACGGGGUAUUUACCAAUUCAGUAUGUCGGUUGCUCACGGGAAUGGCGUCACACAGGUCAUACUGACGGCAAUGGACUCUUUGCAGGUUAGCACGUAAAACACCUCACCACUGAUCAGCAGCAACACUGGCACUGCAGAGCACACGGUAACUGCAGGGCCAGACGACGGCAGUCGGGGGAAUCAGCAGGCUCCAACCUCCAUGUCCCAUUGCCGGGGUGGAAGAACGUGCAACUUGGUCAAUUCGGUGCCAUGGGACUAAGAAGAGGAAGAGCUUGGGUGAAGUGAAAAUAAGCAUGGGGUUUAGGGAGGCAGGAGCAGGUACUAGGAAGAGUCAGGGCCAGUUGUUAGGAAAACCCUUCUUGCAUAGCCCAAGAACGCGCCUGAUCGUGCGCGUUUGCACGCAUGGCUGGGAAAGGGAAGGUUGAGGCUCCAGCCUCUGGGGAGUCGUGUGGUGGGCAAGAGAAGGCUUGGAGACCGGUCCCACAUUCUGCAUUGGCUUCACGCCGCUGGGCUCCCGCCCUGCCUCAGCGCUUCCAGUAGGUCUUUCUCCUUCCCUCCCACUGGGCACCUUCGGCUCCAGAACGGCUCCAAGGCACUGGGCUAGGGAAGGGAAGGAGAAACCCCUGGCAAUACCUCUGCCAAUGUCAUUCCUGAAGGGCUGACCAAAUAAACACAGGCAAUACUUAGCAGCACUUUUUAGCAAAUCCUGAAUUAGUUACAACAGUUCAAAAAUUCAGCUAGUAAUUUCUUUUUCUUACCUGCUCACAGAAAUGUGAUGGCUUUUGAGGGAAUAUUUGUACAAUGAGUCAAUAAAUGAGAUCAGAGAUUGAGACUAACCACAAAAUGCUUUCUAGACUGAGACUCAAAAAUCAGACGCACAGUCGGAUCUGUCCCGAGGUUUGAACUGCUGGACCCUUGGAGUUUCAAUACAUGGGUUAUUUUGGGACAAAGAUGGAAAUAUUUCAGGCAUUGGAACAGGCUGCCCAGAGAGGUGGUGGAGUCACCAUCCCUGGAGGUGUUCAAAAACCACGUAGACGUGGCACUUAGGGACACGGUUUAGUAGGCAUGGUGGUGGUGGGUUGACGGUUGGACUUGAUGAUCCUAGAGGUCUUUUCCAACCUUAAAGAUUCUAUGAUUCUAUAUAAAAAAUGAACAGUCCUAUUUAUUAACAGGCACAGGAUGACAGAAAAGGUUUUGCAUCUGAUACCAUCUAAAAUACAAAGCCAUUACAAAAAUAAAGUAAAAAGAACCUUGAUUUCAUUUAAGUCAAAACAACAUUAUGGUUUUUAAGAAGGCAGCCAAUACGGACAAAACAGAAAUAUGAAGAGACUUGCGCAAUGGCAGGUCGGUACUUUCCUCACCUCAGCCUGCCAUUGGAGGGUUUUUUCCAAUUCUUCUGCUUUUAUGUCAACUAAGACUGAACUCUAAUUAAAAAAAAAAAAAAAACCUUCCUAAAAUAUUCUCAAAAGAGUAGCUUGCAAAAAAAAAAGAAUAAUUUCCCCAAAAAGGAAGCAUUUAAUAAUAACUAGUUGUAUAGCUGAGGCCUUUUUUUCUUUUCAUUUGGUGUUUAUUGUAAACCAUGUUAGAAACUUAACAUUUUAAUACAUGGACAUAUUUUAUUUAAAAUGUUUACAACUUUAUAUAAAGUUUAUGAUAAAAUACAUGAAAAUAUGCAUUUAAAAAUUUAUGAAGUAAUACUCUGGAGUAAAUUCUGUUCAUUGGUUAACAGGCUUUCUUGCAAGACCAGUUUCAACUUUAAUGUAAACAUUAGAGGCAAAAUCUUCACCUCGGUGAAAUCAAAGAGAUUUUCACUUCUGAGUUCAUGAGAAAGAACGAACUCUCAAUUUCCAUGGCCAGUACUGUGUAUAUGAAUAUUCCUGUUUCAAAUUUGGGACUGAAAGACGCAUGAGCUCUGUAAACAAUCUUGCUUGUCAUCACAUGACCAAUAUGAGAAAUGACUAGGAAACACUUGAUGUUUUCAACUACAUUUUCAACCCCAAAAGAACCCGACAGCAGUGCCUCCCAUCAGGCAUGCAGGAAUUAUAUAUCUGAAGAAUCACUCCAAUCUGUUACAGUGACUAAGCUGCUUUUUAAGGUGCUUGUAUUAUCAGCUUCAUGGAGGCCUGUUAAAAUAACAACAAAAUAUUAACAAUUACUAAUAAUAUUUUGGAGGUAUUUUUACUUUGUAUUUAUCUAUAAGAUAAGAUUGCAUGCUAUGUGAGCAAACACCUGGGGACUUCAGAAGUCCAGAAUUUCAACCAGUGAGGAAAUUACAAGUGUUGAUAAUACGAAGGCUGUUUCUGUCACAGAAUACAACAUGCAGGACAAGCAGUCAGUGUCAACAUUACUUUCCCUUUAAAAAUAACCUGAAGUAUCUUUACAUAACUGACACAGCUUUAACCUUUAAGUAUAUUGAAAUGUUACGAGCUAGAAACUACUGUGUAAGUUCUAUGUAAGAUUGAGGCUAUAACUUUACCAGUACCUCAAAUAUUUAUCUCAGCCUGGUAGGUCACUUAGAUAUCUUGAAGCAACCUGAAAUUUUAUUAUUCUCAAGACAAAAUAAGAAAGUUUCCCUCCUCCCUUAAAUUUGGGAAGAGAUUUAAAAAAAACAUCCUUGAUGACUGAUUUCUAAGAUGAGGAUGAAGCCUGAUGGUAUGUUUUAAAAUCUCAAAUUUAAGUUUCUUGGCAUCUCUGUGUUAUUUACAUGUGUGUGUUGUUUACAUAUAAGUAUGCAUCAUAAAUAUCAUAUAUGAUAUUUACAUGACAAACCCAAGCACACGGGUUUUUUUUAACUUGUUCUUCUCUUACAAAGUACCAUAUAUUGAAUUACCAUGUGUAAUACACUAUACUUAAGUUCUGCUCUAGGUGUGUCAGUCGCUUAAGUGUAGAAGCACAAGUACGUUACCUUCCUCCUUUGGUACACCUCUCUUGGGAAGGCCCCAUGCAUGUACCACAGAUGCAGUAUUUGACUCAUUCUUCUGAACCGCUAAUGCCUUCUGACCUCUAUCAUCUUUCAUCAAUAAAAAGUCGUCUUCUACUGAUGAUAUAUCCCAAUCAUCUUCAUCAGCUUCUGUGAACUAAUAGGGAGAAGAAAAAACACUCAGUUUUCCUCUGUCCAUUCACGUUGUGCUGAGAUCUUCCCUAAACUCAAUAAUGUGAAACUGCUAAAGCAAAAUGCACUCAUGCAUGGCUUGUAUGACAUCUAUCACCACAGGUUUAAAAUCCACAUAAUUCAAUUACUAAAUUAUAUUAAUUCACUACUAUAGUUCCAAAGCUAAAACUAUGUUGUUUUUUGUUUGGUUUUUUUUAAGUCAGGAACUGCAAAAGUUAAAAGUUCUGCCAGUUUUGUAACUGCCAGAAAACUGUAUUUUCAGGUAAUACACAUCUAACUUAAAAAAAGGAUCAUCUUUUCUGGGAUAUUAGCUAUUCCAAUGAGAUGGCAAGUCCUUUAUGCAUUAGAAUGUAUAUUACUUAAAUGAAAAUAAAGACAUGACAUGUUAUCAUGCAA